AUGUCAUACACGACUGCCAAUGAAGAAGGGCCGUCUUGGAUGAAUAGAUUGCCCCGAAUUUCAUCACAGUCCAAGUCAAUGUCCAAAAUGUCGGAUACUGAUCUCGAAGAUAUCAAGAUGGAAGAUCUCCACCGGGGGCGCUUCCACCUGUUGGCGUUUCAGGAGCUUUCCUUAGACGGCAAAAGGAAGAAGAUACGGGCAAAUCAAAUGUUCGGAGUUCAUCUAUCAUACCUAGGCGAAGGAAGAAGUCCAAAUGGGACGGAUACGGACCAGGAGGCCCUGUCAGCCAGUCUCCUAUCGCGCCACAGCCUCGCAACCAAAGCCAAAACACAUCUGCAACCUUGA